GGUUCCUGGAGCUGUGAUCCAGGCCAGCAGGUCUUGAAGCUGGAAGCGCAGAGCAUUGUGGGACGCUGGCUAACCGUGAAGUCAACAUGGCUGCGGCUCUCAGGCAGAGGAUAGCAGCUGCAGGAAGAAGGCCGUGAAUGAAGCCCGGUACACACACAGCUCUGUCGCCUCUCGAGUGGGCUUAAAACCGCCGUGUUCGCCGACGUCUACGCCGCCAGCGGAGGGCCGAGACACUCACAAACAGCAGCAGAUAACAAACAAGAGAGGAUAGAGUCUCGUAUGAAUUCCGACGAGAAGGAGGACUGUGAGUGUGCGACACCACAGGCCGAGACCAGCCCCACCAGAGGAGCUGCUAGAGAUCAAGAGGAGUCUGACAUAGAAAACCCAGAAGCAAGCCGGAUGAAGCGUGCAGCUGCCAAACAUCUAAUAGAGCGCUAUUACCACCAGUUAACGGAGGGCUGUGGGAAUGAGUCAUGCUCCAACUCCUGGUGUGCCUCCUCAGUGGGAUUCAGCCGCAUGGACAACAACGCGGCGGCGGUCAAAGCUCUAGAGCUUUACAAGGUCAACGCCAAACUAUGUGACCCACACCCUUCAAAGAAAGGCACGGCGUCCACGUACCUGGAGAGCAGCACUCACAGCAACUCGGCCUGCAGCAACAGGAAGAUGAACCAUAAAGAUGUUCAUGCUGUGAGAGACAAUUUCAAAGAUAUAAAUUACCUGACAGAGGAGAAAGUGUACGAGAUCUUAGACAUCUGUGGGGAGAAGGAGGAUUACUCCCCUCUGAUCCGGGUAAUAGGCCGUGUGUUCUCCAGCGCCGAAGGUCUGGUGCAGAGCUUCCGGAGGUCCAAACCUCACACAAAGGAGGAGCUGAAAUCCCUCCAGGGUAAGGACGAGGACAAGGAUGAAGACGAGAAGGAGGCAGCUGCGUGUUCUGCCACAGCCAUGGAGGAAGACUCCCCCACCUCCUCGUCUUCGUCGCGGCUCGGGGAGGGCUCCUCAGGAGAGAACGACGUCCAAAAGCUGGCGCCCGAUGAGGUUUCGGUGGACAUCGAAGCCGUGCGGCGGGUCUACGAGCGCCUCCUCUCCAACGAGAAGAUCGAGGCCGCCUUCUUGAAUGCACUCGUCUACCUCUCGCCGAAUGUCGAGUGUGACCUGACAUACCAUAAUGUCUAUUCAAGAGACCCCAACUAUCUGAACCUCUUUGUUAUAGUGAUGGAGAACAACAACCUCCACAGUCCGGAGUACCUGGAGAUCGCUCUGCCGCAGUUCUGUAAGGCCAUGAGCAAACUUCCUCUGGCAGCUCAGGCGAAGCUGACCCGCCUGUGGUCCCUCUACAGUGCCGAGCAGAUCCGCCGGAUGAUGGAGACCUUCCAGCAGCUCAUCACAUUCAAGGUGAUCAGUAACGAGUUCAGCAGCCGCAACCUGGUGAACGACGACGACGCCGUCGUGGCGGCCACCAAGUGCUUGAAGAUUGUUUACUAUGCAAAUGUGCUCGGAGGCGACCUGGACACUGAAAACAAUGAAGAUGAGGACGAGGAGCCCAUUCCAGAGUCCAGCGAGCUCACCUUGCAGGAGCUGCUAGGCGAGGAGCGGCGGAACAAGAAAGGCCCUCGGGUGGACCCCCUGGAGACGGAGCUGGGGGUCCGCACCAAUGACUGCAGACGGCCACUCAUUCCCUUCGAGGAGUUUGUGAACGAGCCCUUGAACGAGGUGCUAGAGAUGGACAAGGACUACACUUUCUUUAAGGUGGAGACUGAAAAUAAGUUCUCCUUCAUGACCUGCCCCUUUGUCCUGAACGCCGUCACCAAGAACCUGGGCUUGUACUACGACAACCGCAUCCGCAUGUACAGCGAGCGGCGAAUCACCGUGCUGUACAGCCUGGUGCAGGGUCAGCAGCUCAACCCCUACCUGAGACUCAAAGUGCGCAGAGACCACAUCAUUGAUGAUGCUCUGGUCAGGCUGGAGAUGAUAGCGAUGGAGAACCCUGCAGACCUGAAGAAGCAACUGUAUGUGGAGUUUGAAGGUGAGCAAGGUGUUGAUGAAGGAGGGGUUUCCAAAGAGUUCUUCCAGCUGGUGGUGGAGGAGAUCUUCAACCCUGAUAUUGGCAUGUUCACGUACGAUGAACACACCAGACUGUUCUGGUUCAACUCGUCGUCGUUUGAAAACGAGGGCCAGUACACUCUGAUCGGCAUCGUCCUCGGUUUGGCCAUCUACAACAACUGUAUCCUGGAUGUGCACUUUCCCAUGGUGGUGUACAGGAAACUGAUGGGCAAGAAAGGAACCUUCAGGGACUUGGCUGAUGCAAACCCAGUUUUGCACCAGAGUCUGAAGGAGCUGCUGGAGUAUGAGGGCAACGUAGAGGAGGACAUGAUGAUCACCUUCCAGAUUUCCCAGACAGACCCGUUUGGUAACCGACUCAUGUACGAUUUGAGGGAAAAUGGGGACAGGAUUCCAGUGACGAAUGACAACAGAAAGGAGUUUGUUGCUCUGUAUUCUGAAUAUAUGUUAAACAAAAGCGUUGAGAAACAGUUCAAAGCGUUCAGGAGAGGCUUCCACAUGGUCACCAACGAGUCGCCACUGAAGUACCUGUUCAGACCCGAGGAGAUCGAGCUCCUGAUCUGUGGGAGCAGGAACCUGGACUUUCAAGCACUUGAGGAAACAACAGAGUACGACGGCGGUUAUAACAAAGAUUCUCGAAUUAUCAAGGAGUUCUGGGAGACGUUGCAUUCUUUCAGCGAGGAGCAGAAGCGCCUCUUCCUGCAGUUCACCACCGGUACUGACAGAGCACCCGUGGGUGGGCUUGGCAAGCUGAAGAUGAUUAUAGCCAAGAACGGCCCGGAUACAGACAGGUUACCGACAUCCCACACCUGCUUUAAUGUGCUGCUGCUGCCAGAAUACAGCAACAAGGACAAGCUGAGAGAGAGACUGCUGAAAGCCAUCACCUAUGCCAAAGGGUUUGGCAUGCUCUGAGCCCUCGCUACUAACGGACUCUUUCUCAGAACGCCCAUGAAGCCCUGCCCCGCCCCUUCUUUAUCAGACACAAUCCAGACGGUGACAGAACACAGACCAGGAGGAGAAAAAGGUCCGUCUUAACGAGAGGACACAUGGUUCCAACUGAGCACUCUAGUAGUUCUGCAGCUGUGCCGCAUCAUCGUCCAUCAGUCAGUGUAAGCACAGAGGCCUCCUGAACUUCCCACUCCCACAUCCACAGUAUGUGAAUGUGCUGCAGCCUCCCUUUGGUUUUUCCAUGUACAGAGAGGAUGGUUUUCUUAUUUAUUUUUAACAUUUAAAUGAGUUAUCUCAUGGCUGCCUGUCGUGCUAGAUUCCCUAAUAUGGGAAUAUGGGGGGUCACUAUGGGACAGUGUCCAUUCAAUAAAAACAACAGGGAUGCUAAGAUAACCUGCUCUAACAGAUGAUUGAAAGGUUCCCCCUGAAUGAUGCUCCCACUAAAGAAAGAGCUUCACUGACCAUUCCACUCUGCUGUGACUUAAACAUAAUUCAGAUCAAGGUAAGCAUUGGGAAAAUUUAAUGUCGUUUGGUCCAAAAUGGCACAUCAUCAGAAUUAGUCUUGUUUCUGGGCAUUUGUUCCCGCUCUGGGGGGGUUUACACCACAGGUUAGAAUCAAAUCUUGUCAAAUCAGAGCUGUGUAAAGUGCACUUAGACAUUUUCAGAAUGUUUUUAUUUUUUGUCUCGGCCACAGGUCGAUUGUUUGGAGCAUUUCAUUUCCUCGUCUUCCUGUGUUGACAAAUCCAAAUAAAAACAGUGUUUAUAUAUAUGAGUGCGGUGAAAACUGCACCACCAUAUUCUACAACAUCUACACAUGUAGACCGAGGAUGUUCUCCUCUACGUGCCAACCUGCAGCUGGAGCCAGAUAUUUCCAUACACUAUACGAAGACAAGCAGAUUGUUUUUAAUAUUUAUGACAUUAAAUGAAACAAACCGCCUGUUUUAGGUUAGUUAGAUUCCAGUUUUCUUCUGUUCUUCAAAUUCUCAAAUUUCCAUCCAUUUCCUCAGUAUUUGCUAGUAUUGCUCUUUAGACUGGUCAGAUGUUUUAGCUUUCCUUCAACAAGCUCCCCCCAAUAGUUUCCUGGAGUUUUGGCCCGUUCCUCCUGACAGUACUUGUAGAACUCUGUCCUCCUUGCUUACACACACCUUGGACACUCCAGAACAUUUAGCCGCUUUGGAACCGAUUUGGUGAUGUUGAUGUUGCUUCAAUAUUUCUGCAUAAUGUGCUUCUUCAUGAUGCUGCCACUACCAUACUUCACAGUUAUGAUGAUUUUCUCAGCCUUGCUAAUGUCUCCAUUUUUCAUAUAAAUGUUACCAUGGUGAUUAUGGCUUAGCUUUUCGAUUUUAGUUUUAUCACAUCACAUGUCCUCAACAUCUAAGGUCUUUGUCCCUGGGGACAUCUGUAAACUGUUACCCACGUGGUACAGGUCUGGUCUCCUUGUGGAUAAUGACUCUCUUAGCAGCUUCAGCAGCAUCUUCACAAGUUCUGGUUUAUAAUUGUUAGACCAGAUAAACGUUUUCAGGUACCUAGAGGUUGGACCCAAGAAUGAGCCAGAUUUAUGGAGGUCCUCAGUUCCCUUCCUGAUAUCUUGGCUGGAAUUCAUUUAUGUUUCCAUGAUGUCACACAAGGUAGCAGAGUAUUUUGGGUGUUACCUACAAAGCCGUGGCUUCAUCAUCUGGACUUGCCCAAUUAGUUCAAAGAAACAGGAAAGUAAUAAAAAUGUGGUAAUUCUUGUAUUUAGGAGAAAUAUUGAUGUUCUCCUGACGGACCUAAAACAGAACAUAUUUGGUGUGAUUUAAUGUCGGACAGGAAGGAGAGCAGGUUGUAUGUAAAUAUCUGGUUCCAGUUGUGUUCAUUUAGUAAACAUUUGUCAGUUAUGUAAAAACUCAUCCACUUUUGGUUUAGUGUUAAACAAUGAGGAGGUCCCACUGCAGCAGUUUACCUGGAACCUUCUCCACAGAUGGAGUCAGGGAGAACAUGUGCACUGCUACUGUUCACAUUAGAUCUCAAAAGUUUGGCUUCUCUGGUACUAAGUUCUUGGACCUUAGUCUGCAGCGUGACAGCUCAACACUGUCCUUGAAGAACCCUCUCCCAACGGUUUGCUCACCUGUCAGAAAAUCAACAAGUCGCUUAGUCUCAGGCAAAGGUCCAUGAUGACUUUCUUUCCAGUUCAUCCGGGCGAGGCGCUCAGACCUGUACUUGGAUCUCUGUGAUGUAUGCUGUGGGAAAUGCAACAUCUAAACAAACUAUAUGAGCCACUUCCCUAUGAACCAUUAAAGAUUACUAUGAAUGUAAAUGUCAUUUUGUUUGCAUACAGACCAGGCAGAAACAAUAAAAGGAACUAUGAAAAAGAA